AUUAUUCUGUUCUGUAUAAAUAAAACGUUUCCAGCAGGUAAAGAGUGGAAUUUAUAUUGAAAUAAGGGACAGUUCUUUUCAAUGAAUAGAAUUGGCUGAUAGUUACAAAAGAUCUAGUAUCCAGCUGUGCUAUGGAUUUCUUAUAAAGGAAAGCUGUAAUAAUACGAAACCAUAGUGGUUAGCAGCCUUGGCUGCAAUCGAAUGAGAGUCUCCACUUUGUUUGGACUUUGCUAGAAUCCCUGGAUUGAUUGUGCUCCUAAUGAUCAUGGAGAUGCAAGGUGCAACCACGAACUGAUGCUCCUAUGAGAAGAAGGCAUAGAGGAAUUACAGUGCCACUCCUCCCAGUAUCAAAUCAGCUGGGAAGCAAAGUGGAUAACCGUGAGCGUUACAUUAGCACAUUGGAGAGCUCCUCACAUUGCUGCGCAUGUUUCUCCGCCUGGUAGAAUUCUACUGAACGUGACGGAAGUCGCAGGGCACCAAAUAUAAAUGAAGUUGGAAGCUGGAACAACUCACAGGACUUUGAAGCAAGCUGCAAAACGGAUACAUAUAUAUCGAGAAACCGACUUUACCUCUUCACCGGCACCUUAUCUUCUCCUGCUGCUGAUGCCACAAUACUGACUUAUUCUACACGGCUAUAGCUCAUGAAUGAAUUACUUCCUAAGUGGAUACAAAGAUAGUGAAAGCAAGUCAAAGAGCUUUACCUCACUGAGAACGUGCUACUACAUUGCCGUGCGAUUUUUAUUUAGCGACAUGGGGACAGUGAAAGAUAAAAUGCGUUUAUUGCAUGGGGACCAUUAGCUAAAUAAAGAGCAGUUCUUAUAACAUGGCAUGGAUGUCAGCUGCAACCUCAGUUAUUGCUCCAUAGCCGCCAGUAUGCAAGAGGCAGAGCAGAGCGACCUGCUUGGGCUGUUUCCCCUCUUCCUAGAGGAGCGACUGCUGAACAGAAGCAACGAGUCGCUGCAGGACUUUAUCAAAGGCUUCAACCUGGAAAAAUCUGAUAUAGUAGGGGACAGCUCGGCUAUCGUGAGGAUCAUAAUCUCGAUCGUGUAUUCGGUGGUGUGUGCAUUGGGGCUAGUGGGCAAUGUGCUCGUGCUGUACCUGAUGAAGACCAAGCAAGGAUGGAAGAAGUCUUCUAUCAACCUCUUUGUGACCAGUUUAGCGAUCACGGACUUUCAGUUUGUGUUGACUUUGCCUUUCUGGGCGGUGGAGAACGCGUUGGACUUCAGUUGGCUUUUUGGGAAAGCCAUGUGCAAAAUAGUGUCCUAUGUGACAGCCAUGAACAUGUACGCCAGUGUUUUCUUCCUGACAGCCAUGAGCGUGGCCAGGUACUACUCUGUGGCAUCAGCGCUUAAGGUCAAAAGAAGACCCUUUGGGUGCUCCGCUAAAUGGGUGAGCGUUCUGAUCUGGAUCUGCGCUAUCGUUGCGUCUUUACCCAACGCUAUCUUCUCGACCACAGCGACUGUCUCUAGCGAAGUUCUUUGCCUGGUCAAGUUCCCGGUCAACAACGGCAAUGCCCAAUUUUGGCUCGGGUUGUACCAUUCCCAGAAGGUCCUACUUGGCUUUCUGAUACCGUUGUUUAUUAUAACUAUCUGCUACCUGCUCCUGGUUCGUUUUAUUACUGACCGAAACGUGAGCAGCUCCAGCACCAAACGGAGGUCCAAAGUCACAAAAUCGGUCACCAUUGUGGUGCUUUCUUUUUUUCUCUGCUGGCUUCCGAACCAAGCCUUGACUACCUGGGGGAUUUUAAUAAAACUGAACAUAGUCCAGUUUAGCUAUGAGUAUUUUACUACUCAAGCCUACAUAUUCCCCAUCACUGUAUGUCUGGCUCACUCCAACAGUUGCCUCAACCCCAUCCUCUACUGCCUGAUGCGCAGGGAGUUCAGGAAAGCCCUGAAAAACCUCUUCUGGAAAAUCGCAUCACCUUCCUUGACCAACAUGCGACCCUUCACUGCCACCACCAAACCAGAGCAGGAUGAUCACGCCCAUGGUGAGGGGCAUGGACCGUAUGCUGGCUUCCGUUGUCCAGUUCACUGAUGCCAAUGCUUGUAAGCACCAGGCUGGUAUUUCUUGAACGAAUAAACCUUUUAGUCUCA